UAAAAUUUGACAUUAUAAGUUUUAUUCCUUACACUACUUACUAUACAUUAAGUUAUACAUAGAUUCUAAGAGAGGGAGCAACAUCGCGACCCCGGAAUGUACCUACCAAGAAUUCUCACCGUCGACAGCCUAGUUUCGGCACAUCUGGGUGUCAACAUGUGGUCUCCGCGGCCGUGGUCGAGUGAGACGCAGUGGUGGCCUCAUCGGAGAGGGCGCUGGCGUUUUCGCUGUCAUUCGGGGCUGUUUAGUGGGGAGGCGCGGGGUACGCACCUGGCUGUACGGUGCUGUAUUGCCUGUUGGUUCGCCAAGUGGCGCUGGGUCCUCGUCGAUGGGCCUCAGCACUGGAUUCCGUCUGUUGGGGCAUUUUCGUGAGCCGAUUCCGUCAGCGUGGGUGGUUUAUCCUGGGCGCUGAGUUGUUGCCGUGGGUAGUUGGGUGGUUUUGUGGGCGUUUUCACAGGCGGUUAGUCGUAGUCCACAGGUUGCGUUUGCGAGGGGAGUUGAUUUGGGGGCGGACGUGGCGUGAGGUGGGA